UUCAACUUAGCCCUAUCCCGCCUUGGGUCGAUCCUCUCUUUUUCGCGGCUGUUGCUUCUUUGACUUUUCCAGACGUUCCUUCUCGACCGCUUAGUUUCCUCUUGGUCGUGUUUGCUUUCUGCCCCAAACCAUCGCUUCUUCUUGAGUACGGUUGACGGCCAGCGCAGCCUCGGGACUCGAGACCGGGGCACGAGGAGGUCUGUACGCUCUCCACGACCAUUGUCACACGCUUUACGAAGCGGCACAGCACGAAUCGACCAGCUUGGGACGAUAGUACGCAUUUCACACUACCCAGGCGUGGCUUGCGAGUUCGACACGCACACACACGCACAUUUACGGUCAGGGCAUGACACAGCCCAUCAUGAGCCGCCUCGCAAGGUUAAUCCAGUCGGCAGUGCCGUGGCGGGAACGUGAGGACCGCUUCGCUGCUCUGCCGCUUACCGGCCGCCGUCAAACCGACGACGACCAUGACGACGACGACGCGGAGGACGAAGACCUGAAGGAUGUUGAGCACUUUGGGCACACCGCGAACAGCAAGAAGCGGCGCCUGGGAUGCGGGUCGCCCAGUCUGCGCAAGUACUUGUCGAUCCUGCUGCCGUUCUACCUGGCGGCGCCACUAGGCCUGACAGAUCGCAAGCUGCCGGCGACGCACGCGACGACCUAUCUCAACGGCAUCCGCGGCCUGGCGUGUUGGGCCGUGCUCAACCACCACCUCGUGAUGGGCCCGUACGCGCCGUGGAUCUUCCGGCCGUACGGCAGCCACGAGCCCGAUCUCGCGUCGAACCAGCACUUCUGGCAGCUGCCCUGGUUUCGGUCGGUGCACACGGGCAAGGGCAUGGUGUGCAUCUUCUUUGCGCUGUCGGGCUACGUGCUCGCGUACUCGCCGGCCCGCAAGAUGAACGCCAAGGGGCCCCGGUCCGCGAGCUACGGCGACGAGAUGCUGACGUCGCUGGCGUCGUCGACGCUGCGGCGGGCGAUCCGGCUGUUUGGGCCCAUGCUGGUGGUGGUGUUCCUGAUGGCGCUGCAGACGUACUACUGCUGGUGGGCGCACAACUACAAGCCCCUGGCCGACUCGGUCUUUGGCCAGGUGUACGCCGUGUGGCUCAACAUUGUGCCCAUCCUCAACCCGUACCGCUGGGACUAUGUCAUGCCCGUGCCCGUCGGCCAGACCUGGACCCUCGGCUUCGAGUACCGCCUCUCCCUGCUGCUGUUCCUCGUGACGCUGUCCGUCUCGCGCGUCUCGGCCGUCCCCCGCAAGCUCAUCAUCCUGUCCGUCAUGGUCUGGGGCUUCUACUGCGACCGCCGCUGGGACGUCUUUGCCUUCCUGGGAGGCUCCCUCGUCGCCGAGUGCCGCUUCGCCCCGAUCGCCGACGACGUCGCCUCCGUCUUGCGGACCGACCGCCUCCGCCCGCACCGGCACCUCGUCACCUUCUUCGCCGUCCUGGCCGUGGCCGUGGGCCUGCUGUUCUGCAGCGUGCCCGAGGAGUAUCCCGACCAGGGCUGGCCGUACAACAUGUUCUGGUCCUGGACGCUGCCCAAGUCGUGGGUCGGCCACCACGCCGAGCCCAGCGCGGCCUGGAUCUGGUGGUACGGCGGCAUCGGCUCCGUCAUCCUGCUCUGGGGCGUCGAGCAGCUGCCCCUGCUGCAGCGCGCCCUGGCCAUCGCGCCGUUCUCGUACCUCGGAGAGAUCAGCUAUGCGUUCUACCUACUGCAGAACGCCGCGGCCCAGGCCAUCGGCUGGCCCUUCUGGACGUAUGCCGAGAAGUCGCUGGGCUGGUCUUCGGGCUGGGCCUUUGCGCUCUACUACGUCGUCACGCAGAUCGCCUGCCUGACCAUGGCGGACUACUUCUGGCGCAGCGUGGACCUCAACUUUGUCGUGCUCGCCCGGCUCGUGGUGGUCGACUGGCUCGGUGUGGGCAGGAAGGACAAGGCCGCGGGCGGAGGUGGUACCACCACCGGUGCCGGUCUGGCUUCAGCGGCCAUGGUGGCCCCCGUGCUUGCAGUCCCUGCCGCGGCAGAGAUGACGCCGUACUCGCCCGUCCCAGAGGCCUUUGCGCUGCAGGGCGAGAGCGACGACGAUGACACGUUGCCCGUCAGCGAGCGCGAGUCGAUUGAGAACAAGCCCGCGCGGCUUAUCGACUAGUCGGUCGGGUGGUCUGGGCCUUGUUUUUUGGGUUAUGUUGUGUUUGGUUACUUGCAGUGCGCGCACUUUGGCGUGUUGGCAUUGGCAUCGCAUAUUUCGAGCUUUUCGUGGACAUAUUUUCGCGCCUUUUUCACAUGUCGACGGCCAAGACGCGGGCAGCAGCACCGCGACAGGAGACGGCGACACAUUUACUUGCUUCUUUCGGUGAGCCGUUUUCUCUGGUGGUAUCAAUAUCACGAUUCACCGAGCAACGGGGAUCCCGAGCUCGACGAGCUCAUUUGGUGGGCAGCAUGCUUUGGAAUUUUGGCGUUAUGGCGUAGGCCAACGUUGUCUCUGUUUUCGACCAGUCCAUGAGUACUGAGGAUAGAAGACUCAAUGUUAAUGAAAUGCUUUGAUCAUGACCGUGCUUGACGGGGUUGGGUAGUGCAGUUGAAGAAGUAGUUGACUCGAACCGUACCUGCUUUUAUGCUAGGGAG